GCGCAAAGCUGUAAGGUUUUUAUGGUGGCCAUCACCUCAGCUCGGCAAAUAGUGAGCCUGACGAGCGCGGGGCUAUAAAGGGCAGCUCCUCUCUCGUCCCGGAGGACUCAACAAGAGGCCGUUAUUCCUUCUGAUCUCCGUUUGGCAGGGGACGAUGCCAGAAGGGAGGAGGAUGUUGGCCGCGGCCAGGUGUGCCCUCCUGCUGCUGGGCUGCACAGCGAUCCUGCAGGUCACCGGUUUCCCUUCAGCAGGCGCCAGGUUUCUGGUCGACUGCCCCGUGGGCUGGUCCUACUACAAGACCAGCUGCUUCAGGUAUUUCCGCCAGCUCCGCACCUGGGACGAGGCAGAGGCACAGUGCCAGAACAGCUACUCUGGAGCCCACCUGGUGUGGGUGGAGGAGCCCAAGGAGGCGGCCACCCUGCGCAGGGUCAUCUCCUACUACCAGCGCUCGCAGCCCGUCUGGUUCGGCCUCCAGCUGCAGCAGGGCAAAAGCUGGCAGUGGACCAACGGGGGCAGGUACAAUGAGUCCAUCAAUCUUCCUGGGAAUGGUGCCCGUGGGGGGGACUGCGCCCUGCUGACCCCAACCAGCGGUUUUUCCGUGUGGUCCAGCGCCGACUGCCAGCGGCGGCACCACUUCAUCUGCAAGUUCACUCCCUCGCAGUGAGCGCCGAACCCCGCGCUGGCUGCCCUCCUCCCAUCCCACCUCCCUCCUUAUCUCUUAAAAAUAAACCCAUAAAAAGAGAAGCAUGCAAA